AUAAUUAAAAAAGUCACCCCACCCCCACCCCUACUCCCCACGGCCCCCGCCACCCCCAAACCCAACACACACACACACAAACACUUCAGUUAACAUUAUUUUUUUAAAAAAAAAUCUCCUUUAUCAUUCUUGAUUUUCCCAUACACCAUUCUUGAUUUGUAACAAAACUACUAUCCAACAGAGCUAUGAAAUUGUACAAACAGUCAAGCAGAAGAGAUGAAGAAUUACCCGAUGCACACCCAUACUCACCAAAAUCCCUUAAACAUCAUACAAGAUCUCUUCCAAGAUCCAUCAAUUAUCUCCUUAAAGAACAAAGACUUUUGUUCAUUCUCAUUGGUAUACUCAUUGGUUCUACUUUUUUCAUCAUUCAACCAACUCUUUCUCACCUUAGCACAUCUUCUGAACCUCAUUCAUCAAUACCCAGAUCAUAUAAUUCACUAAGUCAUGAAUCUUUAUCAACACUAUCUUCAUAUAAUCAUAAAGAUUUCAACUUUAGGACAAAUGGGGUUGGUCAUACUGGGAGGGUACCUGUUGGUGUUGGUAGAAAAAGGAUGAGGAUUGUUGUAACUGGUGGUGCUGGAUUUGUUGGGAGUCAUUUAGUUGAUAAGUUAAUUAAGAGAGGUGAUGAUGUUAUUGUUAUUGAUAAUUUCUUUACUGGGAGGAAAGAAAAUGUGAUGCAUCAUUUUGGAAAUCCAAGAUUUGAGCUUAUUAGACAUGAUGUUGUUGAGCCUAUUUUGUUGGAAGUAGAUCAGAUUUAUCACUUGGCUUGUCCUGCUUCGCCAGUUCACUAUAAGUAUAAUCCUGUCAAAACUAUUAAGACAAAUGUGAUGGGAACCCUUAACAUGUUGGGGCUUGCCAAGAGAAUUGGUGCGAGGUUCUUGCUUACUAGUACAAGUGAGGUUUAUGGCGAUCCACUUGAGCACCCACAGAAGGAAACGUAUUGGGGUCAUGUGAAUCCAAUAGGUGUUAGGAGCUGCUACGACGAGGGAAAACGGACUGCGGAAACCUUGACUAUGGAUUACCACCGCGGUGCAGGUGUUGAGGUGCGUAUUGCUCGGAUUUUCAAUACAUAUGGACCUCGUAUGUGUCUAGAUGAUGGACGUGUUGUCAGCAACUUCGUUGCCCAGGCCAUUCGCAAGCAACCAAUGACAGUAUAUGGUGAUGGAAAGCAAACACGAAGCUUUCAAUAUGUGUCUGAUCUGGUUGAUGGAUUGGUGGCUCUCAUGGAGGGUGAGCAUAUUGGCCCUUUCAACUUGGGAAACCCAGGAGAAUUCACCAUGUUGGAGCUUGCUGGGGUGGUCAAAGAAGUGAUUGAUCCCAGUGCAAAUAUUGAGUUCAGAGCCAACACCGCGGAUGAUCCUCACAAGAGGAAACCCAAUAUUAGCAAAGCAAAGGAGCUACUAAACUGGGAACCAAAAGUAUCAUUGCGAGAAGGGCUUCCCCUCAUGGUCAGUGAUUUCCGCAAUCGCAUCUUGAAUGAAGAUGAAGGCAAAGGGAACUAAACAGGGAUACCUAUUCAAAAAAUAGUAUGUAUAGCGCGAAACUUAGUUUAUUGUUUAUUACACCCUACGUUGAUAUGCAUUCUUUUUUCCUGUUAUUUUUUGUAUUUUCGUUGUAAUAGCAGAUGAUCACCAAGCGAUAAGCCACAUCUAUAACCUCAUAUGUUUUCUUUUCCAUUUGAAAUUUUCCCCAUUCCAUUUCCUGUAAUUCCAACAGUGUUUGGAUUUGAUUUCUGUUUUGGGCAACUGCCCUGUGAUGUUUUAAAGAAAGUGGUUCUGUUUGGAUGAUCAAUAGUGGAUAUUUUUCUAUGUGAA